GUCAUUAAUUAUUAGCUUUCCUUUGUUUCAGGUUUAAACUAAGCAGAGGAUCAUAUGACAUCGAAGUACCGCGAGAUUGAUUCGAAAGUUGUGCAUUCGAAUCACAUUCGCGGUAUUGUGAUGUCAUCAUUAGACCGAUUUGCGCAGCCCUGCAUAAAAUAGAACACACCUAAUGAGAGUCGUAUGUCAGAUAGGGGGUGGCGCGUGUGACGUUCAUCACAGGCAGCAAGGGAGGGGUGACGAAAAAGAAAGAGAACUUUUUCCGACAGUUUUUCUUCCACCAAAUAGAAAAUUCAUACGAAGAGAAUUAAUCGGAAGUUUUGUCGGCGGGUGAAAGCGGGGAGAAGAUCAAAAAGAGGCGGAGAAUUGAGAAAACGUCUGCGAAGCUCCUCUAUGCAACAGAUGACCGCAUUAAAAAUUGACACAGUGUGAAGUGUGUGGCCUUUUGACAGGAGAGAGACAUGACUUCAGAACUGGACUCCAGUUUGACCAGCAUUGACUGGCUUCCCCAACUGGGAAUUAGCACACUGCGUUCAGGGAAAGAAAGAGUGGAGCGGAAAAAGGAACGAGGAAGAGAAAAGGAUCUCCCUCCCAUACCUACAGUGACUCCUGGAUCAAAUUCCAAAGUGAAGCCCCCACACAGCUAUGCCACUCUUAUCGCCAUGGCAAUAAGCUCUGCCCCCGAAAGAAAAAUGAGUCUGAAUGAUAUUUACACAUGGAUCAGUGACACUUUCCCUUAUUAUAGCAGAGCAGGAAGAGGCUGGAAGAACUCCAUUCGACACAAUUUGUCCCUCAAUAAGUGUUUCCGGAAAGUUCCUCGACCACAGAGUGACCCUGGGAAGGGGUCAUACUGGACAAUGGAUGGACCCAAUCCAUCUCAACCCGGAGGAGUCAAACGUCCUUACCCUGAAGAGGAAGAGUUACAGACUCCAUCCUUAGAGGACUAUGAGCCUGCCAAUCAACCAGAGCCCCUCCCACCCCAAUCAGACAUCAAGAAUAUAUUCUCUCCCCCUCCUUGCAAGCAACGCCCAGGUGCUCCAAUACCAGCACCUGUUUCAACCUCUCACCCUUCAAACCCUCAUGCUGAACCCCCUCUUCGAUUCUCCUUUGCCGAUUUAAAUCUUCCAGACCUGUACAAUUCGUUUCAGUCCCUGUGUCGUUCUGUGAGAGACAGAGUUACAUCACAAUCGGAUGUUCCCAGUUUAUCAGGACUUAUGAAUGACAUUACACCACUCCACACCCCAACCCUGCCUCCUCUCUCCCCCUGCCUUUGUCCAAACCCCAAUGCAAACCAGUACAUCACCCCACACCUUAAUGCCAACGGCACCUUCAACCCAAAUUCUGCUAAUACCAACGCAAGUUUUAUCCACAACCUAAACCAGAAUCCCUCUAAUAUUCAUUCAAAUUUAAACACUGAGCCUGACAGUUUGCUGCACAAUAAUGUUGUUCCUGCAGACUGGUUUAGUAAUGCAGACUCUCUGAGAGAGAGUUUUAGAAUAGCAAGCAGUCUGGACUGGGCGAACAUUGACCUCACCAGCCACCCUGACCUGGUGGAGAGCAUGAGACAGGCUGAGCUACGUGACUGGGCGUUGGAUUCACAACUCUUUACCUCACUCUGUGAUUCCCUCAACCGUUUCUUCACUCAAAAGGGUCUCAUCGGUUCUACUUCUGGUUUCCCCUCCUCUUUAGGACAAAUGGCCCCACAUCCUCUCACUAUGCCAUCCACCAACCAUCCCACCCUGGCUAGUUUAACUCAACCGUCUCCACUAAUCUACCCCUCCCAGCUCCCUCUCUCCUCUGGUGAACCUCCGCUCGCAAGUCCUGGGAGAUCCCUGACACCCCAACACCAGACUGCACAGAGAACACCAGAGUUGCAGCCCACAACAAGCCAGCCUCUGACUCCUAACGCACUUCAAAAUCAGCCACUGACCCCAAGAAGCCGUCCGCCUUUGAAGAACCUUCAUAGCAAUAGUGAGGAAAUCCAGGAUGACUUUGAUUGGGAUUCACUGAUUGAGUAAUGUUUGUGACUCGUUGGCCUACAGACAGACAUUAUACAGGAUAUACAAUAAAAACACACCUGGAGCCAAUUAAGAUACGAGGUAACAGUAUCUGUAAACAAGGAAAUGAGGCCAACUCAUCAAUCAUUCAUGGAUGUUUCAUGUGCUGUAUGUACAGUAUGGCACAAAAGCAGACUUGUUAACUAUACCAGCGAGCAUCAUUCAAGUAUGUUUCUUUGAUUCAACUUUCCUUGUAUUUAAUAUUACACAGUAAUCGGGACCAAAUUGUACAUUUUACAAUAACCUUUGUGUAUCAAAUGUUUAGUCACGUAUCAAGGCACCUUAUAAGUACCUGAACUACUCAACAGGUUGUGGGCGAGUCAAACCUGACUGUGUUUUCUUAGCGUACCGUCCCUAUUUGUCUAGCCUACUAUGCCACCUGGCUUUACGUCAGCAUAUGACGUUAUGUAACAAUGUAAAUAAAGUUAGCACUUCCAAAGCCUUAGCCAACAGACAAUGGCUAGGUUUGUUGCUGGAUGUUGAAAUAGACUAUUUAAAACUGACUGCAAAGUGAAUGUCAGCCUAUUAAACAAAUUGAACGUACACUAACAAUUUGUACUAUAAGGAGAAAUGGAGUUAAGCUGUAUCCUGAGGUACUUAUGACUAUACAUGAGUUUAUUUUGACUGAAAUAAUGACAUUUGUUACAUUACUUUUUGUCACCUUUUCACUUUAGCAUACUCGCAUAAAAAUAAAGGUGCUAGAUGAAUUUUUUUUUAGAUGUGGUUUAAAAAAGACUUUUAAUAUUUAAUAAACCUUUCUGUUUGACAAAAGGGCUUUUUGUCGUGGACAAGAGGUAAGAAAGAAAUCAUUCAGGAACCUUUGACUGAAACAAGGUUUUUAUGGGAAUCAAAAAUCGUUCAUGACAUCGUUGAAAAUAGCACCUUUAUUUUUAAGGAGAGCUGAGAUUAUUCUUUUAUUUAAAAAUAAAACGUGGAACUUUUUUAUAAUUGAUUUAUAAGCACCAAUGCAAUAAAAAGUUCAUUUUGUGAAUUUUUUAUUUAUUAAAUUUCUUUGAAUUUUUUUCCAUUUUAUUUUUAAAUGUGAAUGUUCACAGUCAACACCACACAAUAUUUGACCAUAGCCAAUAUUAGAGAAAUAUCUCAUUUUCAUAUAAAAUUAUUCAUUGAAAGUAAAUAAAUGAUAACAGCAUGAAUUAU